AUGUCGCCCGCAACCCAGCUAGCGGAGUCACAAUGGCUCUCUCAACUGGCCGCUAUGAGGCAAGCUAUGGCAGACCUAAACCUCCCCAAAGCCGAAGACUUAUUACCCCCCGGCAAGGGUCUCAACCUCGGCGAUGACGAAUUUUCAUCAGCUCCAGAAUCGGUUGAAGAUUUGUGGGAUAUUAUCAGCGAGGAUGACGAUGACGAGAGAACAGGCGAUGAUUCUGAUGCAAUAGUGGAUGCCAGUGUAAAUGGAGUAGAACCCUCCGGCAAAAUGGGAGUGUACAACCUGCAGUGGCUUUCUCACAAAUGCUGGGCAAUCGCAGAGCGGAAUGCUAGCCUCAAUGCCUCCGAACUUCAGCAACAACUUAUCUCUGUGCUUGCCGCAGACCACCCACCUGAGGAAUUACAAGUAUCAUUAACUGAAAUUGUAGGGUUCGACGAUUUGGACUUUGUCAUUGACUUGAUCGCCCAUCGACAUCAAUUAAUCUCAACCCAAGGUUUAAGUGGCAGUGAUGAUAUAUUCAGUCGAUUGCAGACAAAGAGUCAGCGGGAGGACUCCUUACGACGACAAGACUACGAGCAUAAACAUGCAAAAUUGGCGCCUAAACAGGACCGCGAAGGACCUAUCUAUCCACAUGUGUACAAGGCGCAUCAGGCUGGGAAUACUCUCUCUGUCAAUGGGAGAAAAUAUGGCCUCCCCGUCGGCAGCAGUCACGUUGAAGAACCAAGAUAUACAGAGUACUCCAUUCCAGCCGCAAAAGUUGGGACCAUUGGUGCUGGUAGGAAGUUAGUCGCUGUUUCAGAGAUGGAUGGGCUCUGCCGGGGUACUUUCAAGGGGUACAAGUCUCUGAACCGCAUGCAGAGCUUGCUGUAUCCUGUUGCAUAUAAGACGAAUGAAAACAUGCUUAUCUGUGCACCCACAGGUGCUGGUAAAACGGAUGCAGCAAUGUUGACUAUUCUGAAUGUUAUUGCCAAAAAUACCAUUCCCAACCCUCUCGAGAGUCAUGAUGCCACAGAGUUCGCUGUAAUCACGAACGAAUUCAAAAUUGUUUAUGUCGCACCCAUGAAAGCCCUGGCCGCAGAGGUAACAGAAAAGUUGGGGAAGCGUCUAGCAUGGCUUGGGAUCGAGGUUCGCGAACUAACUGGAGAUAUGCAACUGUCCAAGAAGGAAAUUGUCCAGACCCAAAUCAUCGUCACCACCCCAGAGAAGUGGGAUGUCGUAACCCGCAAGGGGACCGGCGAUACGGAGCUUGUCCAAAAGGUUCGUCUAUUAAUCAUCGAUGAGGUUCAUAUGUUGCACGACGAACGUGGAGCUGUGAUAGAAUCUCUUGUUGCAAGGACCCAGCGACAAGUUGAGAGUACUCAGUCGCUCAUUCGUAUAGUCGGGCUAUCUGCUACGCUGCCAAACUAUAUUGAUGUUGCAGAUUUCCUCAAAGUCAACAGGAUGGCAGGGUUAUUCUACUUUGAUGCCUCCUUUCGCCCAGUGCCCCUUGAACAGCAUUUCGUUGGCGUGAAAGGUGACGCUGGCUCUAAGAAGUCUAGAGAAAACCUAGAUAUAGUCUGCUUCGAGAAGGUCCGGAAUAUGCUUGAAAGAGGUCAUCAAGUCAUGGUCUUUGUCCAUUCUCGGAAAGAAACUGUGAAUGCUGCACGGCUUCUAUAUCAGAUGGCUGUGGAAAAUCGGUGUGCAGAUCUCUUUAGCCCCUUGGAGCACAAAAAUUACGCGCAGGCACUGCGAGAUGUGAAGACAAGUCGUGGCCGGGAGCUUCGCGACCUUGUCCCCAAGGGACUUGGAAUCCACCACGCGGGGAUGGCUAGGUCUGAUCGCAACCUUAUGGAACGCUUGUUUUCUCAGGGUGUGCUAAAGGUUCUCUGUUGUACAGCCACUCUUGCCUGGGGUGUCAAUCUUCCAGCUGCUGCGGUCAUUAUCAAGGGAACCCAACUUUACAGCGCUCAGGAAGGAAAACCUAUCGACCUUGGCAUUUUAGAUGUCCUUCAAAUAUUCGGUCGAGCUGGUCGCCCUCAGUUCCAAGACACCGGUAUUGGCUUCAUUUGCACAACACAUAAUAAACUGCAACACUACUUGUCCGCCGUAACUUCUCAGGAGCCCAUAGAGUCGAGAUUCUCUCGCAAACUGGUUGAUAACUUGAAUGCGGAGAUCUCUCUGGGAACUGUGACGUCUGUUUCUGAAGCUGUCCAAUGGCUUGGAUACUCGUAUCUCUUCGUACGUAUGCGUCGGAAUCCCCACGGCUAUGGUAUCGAUUGGGCGGAAAUUAGAGACGACCCCCAACUCGUCAUUCGCAGACGAGAUUUGAUUAUCAACGCCGCCCGAACCCUGCAGAAGAGCCAGAUGAUUAUAUUCAAUGAGCGGACGGAAGAGCUGCGAGCCAAAGACGUUGGCAGAAUUGCAAGUCAAUACUACGUGUUGCAAACAAGUGUGGAAAUUUUCAAUGCCAUGAUGACGCCCAUGGCUAACGAUGCGGAUGUUAUGAAAAUGAUCAGUAUGAGUGGGGAGUUUGACAAUAUCCAAUCCCGGGAAAAUGAAUUCAAAGAACUUGAUAGACUUCGUUUAGAGGCAUUGAAAACCGAGGUCGAAGGGGCGAAUGACACUUCCCAUGCGAAAACCAAUAUUUUACUUCAAGCAUACAUUUCUCGCGCCAGGAUCGAAGAUUUUACUCUUGCCUCUGAUACGGCCUACGUAGCUCAGAAUGCGGCUCGCAUUUGUCGUGCCUUGUUCAUGGUUGCGCUGAAUAGGCGUUGGGGAUACCAGUGUCAAGUAUUAUUGUCUACCUGCAAAUCGAUUGAAAAGCAAAUAUGGCCGUUUCAACAUCCCUUCCACCAGUUUGACUUGCCCCAGCCAAUACUGAAAAACUUGGAUGAGAAAUUCCCGGCCUCCUCAAUUGAAUCGUUGAGGGAUAUGGAACCGGCUGAAAUUGGACAGCUUGUCCAUAACCAUCGCAUGGGGACCACCCUCUCGAAGCUGCUGGAUAACUUUCCAACGCUGAGCGUGGAAGCUGAGAUUGCUCCGCUGAAUCGCGAUGUCCUUCGUAUUCGUCUUUAUCUAUAUCCUGAGUUCCGCUGGAAUGAUAGACACCACGGGACGUCCGAGCCGUACUGGAUCUGGAUAGAGAACUCUGAGACAUCUGAGAUCUAUCAUCACGAAUAUUUCAUUCUGAGUCGGAAGAAACUCAACGAUAACCAUGAGAUGAAUUUCACCAUUCCUCUCUCCGAUCCGCUGCCUAGCCAGAUAUAUGUUCGCGCUAUCUCCGAUCGAUGGCUUGGUGCGGAAACCGUUACUCCCGUUUCUUUCCAGCAUCUAAUUAGGCCUGAUACGGAGAGCGUUUAUACGGACUUACUUGAUCUGCAACCCCUUCCAAUAUCUGCCCUGAAAAAUCCCAUUCUUGAAAACAUAUACGCACAAAGGUUCCAGUUUUUCAACCCUAUGCAAACACAGAUAUUCCAUACCCUGUACCACACCCCCGCCAACGUUCUCCUUGGUUCCCCAACAGGAAGUGGCAAAACUGUCGCAGCGGAACUUGCGAUGUGGUGGGCUUUUCGAGAAAAGCCAGGCUCUAAGGUCGUCUACAUUGCUCCCAUGAAAGCCCUCGUCCGAGAACGUGUGCAGGACUGGCGACGUCGGUUGACCGCGCCUAUGGACCUGAAAUUAGUUGAACUGACGGGCGACAACACGCCAGAUACAAGAACAAUACGCGACGCGGACAUUAUUAUCACCACACCUGAAAAAUGGGAUGGUAUUUCUCGAAGUUGGCAGACUAGAGGGUAUGUCCGUCAAGUUAGCCUCGUCAUUAUAGACGAAAUCCACCUGCUUGGGGGUGACAGAGGGCCAAUUUUGGAGAUUAUCGUUUCCCGGAUGAAUUACAUUGCCUCUCAAUCAAAAGGCUCUGUUCGGCUACUCGGCAUGUCCACGGCUUGUGCCAAUGCUACCGAUCUUGGAAAUUGGUUGGGGGUUAAAGAAGGCCUUUUCAACUUCCGCCAUUCUGUUCGACCUGUUCCACUGGAGAUAUUCAUUGACGGCUUCCCUGAACAACGAGGCUUUUGCCCACUGAUGCAGUCGAUGAACCGACCCACAUUCCUAGCGAUAAAAAACCACUCCCCUGAAAAACCCGUAAUUGUCUUUGUAGCAUCCCGGAGACAAACACGUCUCACCGCAAAAGACCUGAUUAACUUUUGCGGCAUGGAAGACAAUCCACGCCGGUUCCUUCACAUGUCUGAAGAAGACUUGCAGUUGAAUCUUUCGCGUGUCAAGGAUGGCUCUCUUAAAGAAGCUCUCAGCUUUGGAAUCGGCCUCCAUCAUGCUGGCCUCGUUGAAUCCGACAGGCAGUUAUCGGAGGAGCUCUUUGCGAACAACAAAGUCCAAAUCCUUGUUGCAACUAGCACCCUCGCAUGGGGUGUUAACCUCCCCGCCCAUCUAGUAGUUGUGAAAGGGACACAGUUUUUCGAUGCUAAAAUCGAAGGUUAUAAAGAUAUGGACCUCACUGACGUGCUUCAGAUGCUGGGCCGUGCUGGACGCCCGCAGUUUGACUCUUCUGGUAUCGCCCGUAUAUUUACACAGGAUUCCAAAAAGGGUUUUUAUAAGCACUUCCUCCACACCGGCUUCCCUGUAGAAUCCACACUGCACAAGGUGCUUCACGACCAUUUGGGCGCAGAAAUAUCUGCAGGUACUGUCACAACGAAGCAGGAUGCUUUAGAUUACCUAACCUGGACAUUCUUCUUCCGGCGUCUGCAUAAGAACCCUUCUUAUUAUGGACUUGAAAUUUCUGCCGAAGAACACAACACCAUGGCAGCACAGCAGAUGGCGUCCGAUUUCAUGAUCGAGCUCGUCGAUAAAUCCCUAGAAGAGCUCGCAGAGUCUUCAUGUAUUUUAUUAGAUUCUGCCACUGGUGACGUGGACCCGACUCCAUAUGGCAAAAUAAUGAGUUAUUACUAUCUUUCCCACAAAACCAUCCGAUAUGUCAUGUCCCACGCAAAACCAAAUCCAACCUUUGCUGAUGCUCUCAGUUGGAUGUGUUCCGCCACAGAGUUCGACGAACUCCCUGUACGCCACAAUGAAGAUCUCGUCAACGCGGAGCUGGCGCAGAAUCUCCCUCUCCCAAUCACCACGAUGGGUUCCUCGCUACCCAUGUGGGAUCCACACAUCAAAGCCUUCCUACUGCUUCAGGCAUUCAUGUCCCGCAUCGACCUACCUAUUACCGACUAUGUCGGUGACCAAAUCUCAGUUCUCGAUCAAGGCAUCCGAAUCAUUCAAGCUUGCAUUGACCUGCUUGCCGAAUUUGGUUUCCCAAACGCAUGCACCAUGAUGAUGACAUUGCUCCAAUGCAUAAAAUCCGCGCGCUGGCCAGAUGACCAUCCCCUUUCAAUUCUCCCUGGCAUCGACCCAACGCAAAAUAGCGAAACAUCCUCCGGAAACCAUCUCUCCCCAUCUCUACAUUCCCUGCUCUCCCUACCCCAAUCAACUCUCACUGCCCUCCCACGCACCCUCAACCUUCCCCCACAAACAUCCACGCAAUUUUCAAAAGCUCUGUCCCUCCUCCCUGUCGUCUCCAUAUCCAUCUCCGAUCAAUCUUCUACCGGUUUAACGGUAUUACUCACCCGUAAACAGCCCAUCCCUUCGCGUGGUGGACAGCGAAAAACUACUGCUCCAUUCGAUGAUCAGUCGUUCCGCAUCUACGCGCCACACUUCCCCAAGCCGCAGACGGAAGGCUGGUUUAUACUCGUUACUGCCAAUGCUGAUUUGAGCGCUGGCACGCAGGAGGAUAUCCUCGCACUUAAGCGGGUUUCUUGGUCGUCUGCGACCGGCACAGCUAGAGUGGGUGAGCGGGCGGAUGUCAUGGCGAGAGCUAACGUGAGGUUUCCGGAAGGGUGGAAUAUGGGUGAUGGUCACACCGACGGUGCUGAGCCUGAUAUGGGAAGUAACGAUCGUGAUAAGAAGAAUGAGGACAAAGGCAUGCGAAAGGGUAAGGAGAAAGGUAGAGGGAAUGGGUUGGGCGGUGGUAAAUUGAAUGUCAAGAUUAGAGUGAUAAGUGAUGCAAAGUGA